CAUCUCUUGUAUACAGUAGUGACGUCUAACCAUAUCUUGUAUACAGUAGUAACGUUUAACCAUCUCCUGUAUACAGUAGUAACGUCUAACCAUAUCUUGUAUACAGUAGUAACGUCUAACCAUCUCUUGUAUACAGUAGUAACGUCUAACCAUCUCUUGUAUACAGUAGUAACGUCUAACCAUCUCUUGUAUACAGUAGUAACGUCUAACCAUAUCUUGUAUACAGUAGUAACGUCUAACCAUCUCCUGUAUACAGUAGUAACGUCUAACCAUACCUUGUAUACAGUAGUAACGUCUAACCAUAUCUUGUAUACAGUAGCUGUAUCAAGUACUUUGUGCAGUUUUAACGGGGAUUCUUUCAACGAGUGGCAUUCGAUUCGCCAUGUCCAACAGCAUCUCUAUCAUUAUUAAAUUGCUUGAAAUGAAUAUGUCAAAUUAUCCUUCCGUAUUUUAUAAAGGUAUUUCCUGCGAAUUUUGACAAGAAUACAAUCGUGACCAACAAACUAGAGGGAAAAGUUGUUGCCAAGUACAUCCGGGUCAUAUCCGUCUCCGGACAUACAUAUAAUUCGAUGAGAAUGGAGGUACAGGGAUGUCCAGUCUCGUUGUUAUCAAAUUCGUGUCGUAAAUGGGAAGCUAGACUUGGCUCUACAGGAGACGUUUUCCCAGUCCUCGUGGACAUAGACGCGUCAAACCAAGGAAUAUGCGGCCUGGAGUGUUGGAGACGGACAGAAUGUGACAGCUUCCUGUUUGAUGUCGGCUCCAAAUGUUGUACAUUAUUUAAUUCGAUUUCCGAUGUAUCACACCAAAGUGUUAACCUUGACAGAGUUUGGUACUUCAUGUAAAACGUGAACGGUACUGAUUUCUAAUCGAUGUCAUCGAUGUUGGUUAAGUCAUUAGGACGGCGAGGUCCUCAAUGUCCGGAAGGUUAAGUCAUUAGGACGGCGAUUUAUUAGGAUUUAUUAGGAUAAUUAAUGGAUGCAGGCUGGAAGCCUCUAUAUCCAUAUCAACAAUAUAUGUACAUAAAAUAAAUAAAUGAUUGAUUUCCAGUAUAUCAAUGGCUAUGUUUCCUCAAUAUAUCUAAAAUGUUAAACUUUAAAAUGAAUAUUUUUCCAGUGUUUAUCUAGCAUUACUUCAAAGUUGUAUACAGUAUCUGCAUCUAUAAUAUGUUGCGGCAAAUUAUUCCAUACAUCUAUUAUUCUGUUACUGAAGAAAUUCUUUCUUGAUUCUAGAUUAAUUGAUUAAUUCUAGAUUAGUCCUCAAUGUCCGGAAGGUAAAGUCAUUAGGACGGCGAUGUCCUCAAUGUCUGGAAGGUUAAGUCAUUAGGACGGCGAGGUCCUCAAUGUCCGGAAGGUUAAGUCAUUAGGACGGCGAUGUCCUCAAUGUCUGGAAGGUUAAGUCAUUAGGACGGCGAUGUCCUCAAUGUCCGGAAGGUUAAGUCAUUAGGACGGCGAUGUCCUCAAUGUCUGGAAGGUUAAGUCAUUAGGACGGCGAUGUCUUCAAUGUCCGGAAGGUUAAGUCAUUAGGACGGCGAUGUCCUCAAUGUCUGGAAGGUUAAGUCAUUAGGACGGCGAUGUCUUCAAUGUCCGGAAGGUUAAGUCAUUAGGACGGCGAUGUCCUCAAUGUCUGGAAGGUUAAGUCAUUAGGACGGCGAUGUCCUCAAUGUCCGGAAGGUUAAGUCAUUAGGACGGCGAUGUCCUCAAUGUCCUCAAUGUCCGGAAGGUUAAGUCAUUAGGACGGCGAUGUCCUCAAUGUCUGGAAGGUUAAGUCAUUAGGACGGCGAUGACCUCAAUGUCCUCAAUGUCCGGAAGGUUAAGUCAUUAGGACGGCGAUGUCCUCAAUGUCCGGAAGGUUAAGUCAUUAGGACGGUGAUGUCCUCAAUGUCUGGAAGGUUAAGUCAUUAGGACGGCGAUGUCCUCAAUGUCCGGAAGGUUAAGUCAUUAGGACGGCGAUGUCCUCAAUGUCUGGAAGGUUAAGUCAUUAGGACGGCGAUGUCCUCAAUGUCCGGAAGGUUAAGUCAUUAGGACGGCGAUGUCCUCAAUGUCUGGAAGGUUAAGUCAUUAGGACGGCGAUGUCCUCAAUGUCUGGAAGGUUAAGUCAUUAGGACGGUGAUGUCCUCAAUGUCCGGAAGGUUAAGUCAUUAGGACAGCGAUGUCCUCAGUGUCUGUAAAUGUAAAAUGGUUUAUGUCAUGUUUGGUAAGUCUAUAUGUAAGAUUCAAUUUUCCUGCUAUAUUCUACUGUAUGAAUUUGGACUAUACUCCUAAUUUGCGACAUAUAUUUAUACCGCAAAACUUAUUACUUGAAUAAAUAUUAUAAUUACAACUGAUGUCAUAUUUGCCCAUGUGAUCGUCCGCUCUGAUACAAGGAGACGUGGCACGAAUUCCAAACAACGGUCAUAUAUAUGGAAUUGUGGUUGUCAGUUCUGACAUCAUAUCGUCCUCAUACUGCCACAUGUGGUUGUCAGUUCUGACAUCAUAUCAACGUCAUACUGCCACAUGUGGUUGUCAGUUCUGACAUCAUAUCGUCCUCAUACUGCCACAUGUGGUUGUCAGUUCUGACAUCAUAUCGACCUCAUACUGCCACAUGUAGUUGUCAGUUCUGACAUCAUAUCGACCUCAUACUGCCACAUGUGGUUGUCAGUUCUGACAUCAUAUCGACCUCAUACUGCCACAUGUGGUUGUCAGUUCUGACAUCAUAUCGACCUCAUACUGCCACAUGUGGUUGUCAGUUCUGACAUCAUAUCGUCCUCAUACUGCCACAUGUGGUUGUCAGUUCUGACAUCAUAUCGACUUCAUACUGCCACAUGUGGUUGUCAGUUCUGACAUCAUAUCGACCUCAUACUGCCACAUGUGGUUGUCAGUUCUGACAUUAUAUCGACCUCAUACUGCCACAUGUGGUUGUCAGUUCUGACAUCAUAUCGACCUCAUACUGCCACAUGUGGUUGUCAGUUCUGACAUCAUAUCGACGUCAUACUGCCACAUGUGAUGUGGUUGUCAGUUCUGACAUCAUAUCGACUUCAUACUGCCACAUGUGGUUGUCAGUUCUGACAUCAUAUCGACCUCAUACUGCCACAUGUGGUUGUCAGUUCUGACAUCAUAUCGACCUCAUACUGCCACAUGUGGUUGUCAGUUCUGACAUCAUAUCGACCUCAUACUGCCACAUGUGGUUGUCAGUUCUUACAUCAUAUCGACCUCAUACUGCCACAUGUGAUGUGGUUGUCAGUUCUGACAUCAUAUCGACCUCAUACUGCCACAUGUGGUUGUCAGUUCUGACAUCAUAUCGACCUCAUACUGCCACAUGUGGUUAUCAUGUCCGACAUCAUAUCGACCUCAUACUGCCACAUGUGGUUGUCAGUUCUGACAUCAUAUCGACGUCAUACUGCCACAUGUGGUUGUCAGUUCUGACAUCAUAUCGACGUCAUACUGCCACAUGUGGUUGUCAGUUCUGACAUCAUAUCGACCUCAUACUGCCACAUGUGGUUGUCAGUUCUGACAUCAUAUCGACCUCAUACUGCCACAUGUGGUUGUCAGUUCUGACAUCAUAUCGACGUCAUACUGCCACAUGUGGUUGUCAGUUCUGACAUCAUAUCGACCUCAUACUGCCACAUGUGGUUGUCAGUUCUGACAUCAUAUCGACUUCAUACUGCCACAUGUGGUUGUCAGUUCUGACAUCAUAUCGACCUCAUACUGCCACAUGUGGUUGUCAGUUCUGACAUCAUAUCGACCUCAUACUGCCACAUGUGGUUGUCAGUUCUGACAUCAUAUCGACCUCAUACUGCCACAUGUGGUUGUCAGUUCUGACAUCAUAUCGACCUCAUACUGCCACAUGUGGUUGUCAGUUCUGACAUCAUAUCGACCUCAUACUGCCACAUGUGGUUGUCAGUUCUGACAUCAUAUCGACCUCAUACUGCCACAUGUGGUUGUCAGUUCUGACAUCAUAUCGACCUCAUACUGCCACAUGUGGUUGUCAGUUCUGACAUCAUAUCGACCUCAUACUGCCACAUGUGGUUGUCAGUUCUGACAUCAUAUCGACGUCAUACUGCCACAUGUGGUUGUCAGUUCUGACAUCAUAUCGACCUCAUACUGCCACAUGUGGUCGACCGCUCUGCUACUGCAGCUCUCAUGCGGGUACAGCAUUAUGCAUAUAGUCACCGACUGCUGGGGCUGGCAGACGAUCCCCAAGGGUUGCCUAGAUCGGAGGAAGACAGUAACCGAGACACAAGAGUCGCGUCAUGUCUCCCAAUCUGACUCAUGUACAUUAAAGUGAGAUAAACUGUAAGCCUUCCCAGUCUAACAGAGAUGUUUUCCUUUAAUCAAAGUUGAUGAUUUAGUCAGUUAUCAUUGAUCGGAAUCAUAAAUAAUGAAACGAUGUUAAGUUGUAGCGAUCGACACACGACUCUAUACCGUAAUAACGUUCUAUAAACAUAUGCUUUCGGGGUUUAAAACACCGCGUAUCUUAGUUGAUGUUUGUUACAAUUGCUACACGGAGACGGUCAAAUUGAAUCACGUUGGUGCGAGAGACGAGUCCACGAAGCGAUCCGCUUAUGAGCUGUAAAAUAUACAUUCAUGUAGGAACUACCCAAUAUUAAUGUUUUUAUUUUGCAAUAAUUUAGUUAUUUCUGAACCAUCUUUAUGGCCCUUCAAAAACAACUACGCCUGAGAAUGUUUUCUAAAAGUGGUUUUUUAAAGCUAUAGUCACUUUGAUACAAAUGAUAAUUGAUAUGAACUCAAACAAAGAAAAAAUCCAAAGGUAAAAAAGAACAUAUACGUCAAUACCAUUGUCGUAUAAACAAUGCAAAAGGAAUAUGAUAGCUCUACCCUUUUUACAAUAUUUACACGUUAUCAUUGAUAGAACAUAAAGAUCGAAUUCCAUGUUGUGUGUGUCUUUGUGAGCGUAUGGUUAUAUUCACAUUACUCAUCGCUAACUAAACACAACACACUAAAAUGAUAUUGGAAAGGGUGCGUCGACGGGACCAGAGUUAAUGUUUUUCCAGAUAAUCGUUGUCAGUUUCACUGGCCACUGAAAUAUUCGAUGGAGGGAGCGGUACAAAUACUCGGCCUGAUUUACAUGGUGAUACAUGUAAUGUGUUGUGGUAAGUAGUUGUUAGUUUACGUGCGUGUGUGUGUAUGUGUUGUUGUUGUUGUUGUUGUUGUUAUCUUUUAUCGCAUGAUUUUCGAAUUUGAGUUACAUUAUUGAUUUUGAUUCUGAGAAUCGUCUUAAAAAAAAUAUGCAUCUGUGUGGGAGCUAUUUUGAUUAUGAAAUUGGGAUAGAUUUAAACUAGAUUUUAGAUUGGAAUGUCAUCAACAGACGUGUAAUUUCGCUCAUUCCUGUCACAUAUUUUACCCUGUUUUGACUCUAUAUCAUAAACACUAUAGAGCAGAUAUACGAAUGGAAAUAUCAUGAUACUAAAAACGCAUUUUUGGAUGUCAGCUUAAUAUUUCUAUACUUCAAUAUCGGUAUUCAGAGUGUAGUCCUUGAUACACCAUCAGAUAAGCUAACAUAUUAGAUACAUAAUUAUGCUGAAGUUUGUGGCGAUCGAAAUACGGAUAAGGGAUAGGCGGGAGGGGUGUUACUCUAUGAUUUAUCAUGUCAAUUGAAAGAAAUGAAUGCAUAGAAACUCUACAUUAGAGAACAUUACAUUUCAGGAGGAUGUGGUCCAUGUGAUUUCAGCCUGGUAACCGGCCCCUAUGGUGUUUCUGACAAUGCAAUCACAGCAUCCUCCACUCAUCCUCAUUGUCCAUUACAAUUUAGCAAGAUUCAGCAGUUCCCGAGCCUGGUGUCCAUUGCACGGCGGGGACGGACACUACUUACAGGUGGAGCUUAGGAACGUCUCGUCACUGCAGGCCAUACAGACCCGUGGACGGGGAGAUUAUCCCCAAUGGGUAUCCUUGUACACUGUUAAUAUCUCUAUGGACGGACUCACCUGGAAUUCUAUACUUACCUCGACAGGCGAUGUAAAGGUUUUUCCCGGUAAUGUCGACAAAAAUACAAUCGUGACCAACAAAUUAGCGGGAAAUGUUGUAGCUAAGUACAUCCGGGUAAUAUCCGUUCCUGACAGUGAAAAUCGACAUAGAUCCAUGCGAUUGGAGGUAGAAGGAUGCCCACUAUCACUUCUAUCAAACACGUGUCACAAAUGGGAAGCCAAGCUAGGGUCCACGGGAGACGUUUUCCCAGUUAUCGUUGACACACAAGCAUCGAACCAAGGCUUAUGUGGCCUGAAGUGUUCCAGACAGACAGAUUGUCACAGCUUCCUGUUUGAUGUCGGCUCCACGCGUUGUAGAUUACUUAACGUUAGCUCUAAUUCGUCAAAUGUCACCGUGAAUCUAGACGGAGUUUGGUACUUCGUAAAAACAUGACUGUAACCUUUUAUAAAAACCUUGGUCGUAUCCUAUCACAAACAUGCCAUAAUGGGACCGCGGUUGGUGUUCUUUGGAAAGACCUUGUUUCCUAUUAAGUUAGUGACAAAAAAUCCAGAUUCAAUUUUUGUAGUUUUAUAUUUUAAGCGCAUAAUAAUUUCAUUCAAUCUGGAUCAGUAGAUUACACUAUUAUCUAUGUGAAUCAUCCAUUUUCAGACAUCAUUUAAAAUAUUAGAUAGGGUCUUUGAUGAUUAACAAGCAGACAGUGUUAUCGAAAUACAAUUAUUGCCAAUAUUGUUUUUUAAUAAUAAUAAUAUAUUUGAUUCAUGUGUCCUGUUUGAGAUAUCACUUUUGUAUUUUUAUGUAUUGACAAAGAGGUGGUUUAUCAUAAACGUACUUGCCUACAUUAUCCUACAAUAUACAUUCUGAAGAUUACCGUAUUAAUUUACACUAACACACCAUACCAUAUACAUACGAUGAAUGAUUGAUAUGUUGGGAGCCUUGUAUUGAAGGAGGUACUCAAUGAUGUUCUUUUUAAGUCCUACUUCUCUUUGGCUAUAUAGGGCCGUGUACCAAAGGACUGGUCUCACAAGACAAGUGGCUUUUUGCAAAAUGGAUAAAAUCGGUGAAAGAGCAAUGAUCCAAUAUUUGCAUGAAAAGGGUUAAACACCCAAGGAUAUCCAUAAUGAUAUGGUAGCAAC